GCGAGUAAUAGUUACGGCGCUCGCGCCGCUGAACUGCGUCAGUCGAGUGCUCCCCUACUUGUCUGUCACUCGUUUACUAGUUCUUCGAAGCCUUAAUAAGUGCUACAAGAGAAAUAAACAUUGAAUGGAAAAGUUAAUCGUUAUCCGCAGCCUGGAAUUUUUCUAAGAAGAUUAAGAACGUAACAAAUAGGAGAAAAUUAAUUUUGAAAUGAUACCAAGAUGGCGACUCAUACUAUCAAAAUUGUUCCUAAUUCCCCAGCGGUACGUCUUGGGCAUCAUGGGCCUGCUGGCCGUGUGCAACGCUUACACGAUGCGGGUGUGCCUCAAUCUGGCUGUCACGCAGAUGGUCAAGAGCAGCGGUAACAGCAGCGAUCACUACGAUCCGAAUGCUUGCCCGGAUGAUAGCGAGAUUAUAGCUAAUGGGACUGUCAGUAGCAAACCUCACGCAAUAUUCGACUGGUCGGAGUCCACUCAAGGGCUGAUACUUAGUGGUUUCUACUACGGAUAUGCCGUUACGCACGUUCCCGGGGGAUACUUAGCGGAGAGAUAUGGAGGCAAAUGGACGCUUGGAGUAGGGCUUCUGAGCACCGCCGUGUUUACGCUCUUGACGCCUGUAGUGGUCAAGGCAGGAGGUGCGACAUGGUUGUUCAUCCUUCGAGUUUUGCAGGGCAUGGGUGAAGGCCCCACAAUGCCAGCUCUUAUGAUAGUAUUAGCGCGGUGGGUACCGCCGCAUGAGCGAGGGCGUCAAGGCGCCAUUGUGUUCGGUGGCGCCCAGAUUGGAAAUAUCUUUGGCUCCUUCAUGUCCGGCUUCCUUAUGGCUGGAGAUGGGGACUGGGCCAAUGUCUUCUACUUUUUCGGAAUUUUCGGCAUCAUAUGGUUCGUUUUUUGGAGCUUGCUAUGCUACAGUACCCCGAACACGCACCCGUACAUAUCCGAGGAAGAGCUGACAUACCUGAAGGAACAUGUGACCAGCUCGGAGAAGUCCAGCAUACGAGACCCGGUGCCUUGGAAAGCGAUCGUCAGAUCUGUCCCAGUCUGGGCUCUGCUGUUUGCUGCUGUUGGCCACGACUGGGGCUACUACACGAUGGUGACAGACCUGCCCAAGUACAUGACCGACGUACUGAAGUUUAACAUAGCGGCGACGGGUACUCUCACUGCGAUACCAUACCUCGCCAUGUGGAUUAGCUCUUUCAUCUUCGGCCUGGUCUGCGACUAUUGCGUUAAGAAGAACUGGCACACGAUCAAAACGGGACGAAUUAUUCAUACCACUAUUGCCGCCACUGGUCCGGCCAUUUGUAUCAUAUUGGCUUCGUACGCCGGCUGCGACCGGCUGGCAGCUGUGGCUUACUUUAUAGCUUCUAUGGCGCUAAUGGGAGGAUUCUAUAGCGGAAUGAAGGUGAACGCCCUGGACCUGGCGCCGAACUUCGCGGGCUCCUUGACGGCUAUGAUAAACGGGACCUCUACGAUCUCCGGCAUCAUCACGCCCUACUUGAUAGGGCUAUUGACGCCCGAUUCAACGUUGGCUGAAUGGCGCGUCGCGUUCUGGGUGUGUUUCGCCGUGCUGGUCGGCACCAACGUAGUGUACAUCAUAUGGGCGGACGGCAAGCAGCAGUGGUGGGACGACGUGCGGCAGUUCGGCUACCCUGACGACUGGAAACACGGACCUCUGUCCAAAUCUGACAUGGACAAGGAGAAGAGCAAAAAAGCUGAAGCUACGUCAUUCUGAUAUGUGAAAACUAUGUUUUUUUACAUUUUGAUUUUUUUAGACUAAUGACGAGUUUUAUAGUUAUUUAUUUAUUAAACAUAUAAUAUAAACUAAAUGCCGAUUGAUGUUUUACCAGGGAUCGGAACCGGUUUUUUGCAAAAACUUCGAAUUAUUUUAUACUCCAAAUGUGUCCUACAUACAGUUGUGCUUUUAGGUAACGUCUUCGUAUUAUUAAAUUGCCCAAUUUAUAAAUGAAGUAAUUAACAAAUAACAAAAAAAAAACCGGUAUCCGAUCUCUGGUUUUUGCAAAAGUAGGUGAUGUAAGUCACUUCUAGAGUAGGUGAUGUAAGAACUCUUGUUGGUUCUUUAAUUAAUCUUCAUAGAUCUUAAUUUAAUUAGAGACCACGAUAUGAUUUAAAAUUUCCACCAACAAUUAUUUUGGGAAUUACAAUAACUAAUAGGUACCUACGUAUAGGUGUACAGGUUUUUAAAGGGUCGGUAACGCGCAAGUAAUAUCUCUGGUGUUGCAGGCGUCCAUAAUAGCCUACGGUGAUUGCUUACCAUCAGGCGGGCCGUAUGCUUGUUUGCCACCGACGUGGUAAAAAAAAAUAUUAUAGCUACUAUUCAUGUAAAUAAGCUACAUUUAUUUCGGUAAUAUUUGAGGUCUUCGGUAAUUUGUUGCCAUAAUAUGAUGUACUUAUAGUAUCAAUCAACCGAUAACUAAAAUACGCGCGCUCAGUGAAAGUGUAACGCACAAUUCACAAAAUGAGUAGAUGUUAUUAUGUUAUAAUCAUGAUCUGAAUAUGAAAAUACCCGCACAACUCUUUAUUACGAGAAUAAGUUAGCCAUUCUAUUUGAUGAUGAUGAUGGAUAACCAAAUGUCUUGAUACCGAGUAGAUGAUAACUCUGCCGUCAGUAGGAAGGAGGACGCAAUUGACAUGAAGUUGAAACAGAGAAAAUAAAUAUUAAAACUCCAAAAUUAGAACAUCCGAUGUAACUGUAUAAAAUGACAUAAAAACAUUACUUAUGUAAAAUUUGUUUGCGCAAAAAAAGUACUUUAGUAUUAUUUUUUUAAGAUUUUCUCAAUUUCUGUAUCUAUAAAGAAGGUUCCGUAUCCAAAGGGUAAAAACGGGACCCUAUUACUAAGACUUCGCUGUCCGUCUGUCUGUCUGUCACCAGGCUGUAUCUCAUGAACCGUGAUAGCUAGACAGUUGAAAUUUUCACAGAUGAUGAAUUUCUGUUGCCGCUAUAUCAACAAAUACUAAAAAAUACGGAACCCUCGGUGCACGAGUCCGACUCGCACUACAUAAUAUAUAUAAUAUUUGAAUAUUGGUUCAUACAUUGCGCAGACUUUAGUAGGUUACAUACUUGUACCGACAGUCGUACCGAUAGGUACGAUAUAGAUUACAUUUUUUGAAUAUCAUAAAAGUUGUAACAAAAUAUCCAAUAGUUACCUAACUAAUACAUACCCACUGAAUAUUUGAAUGUGAAUAAACAAUCGGCCUACAUUCAAUAAACUGACAUCGUUCAGCUAAGUUUAAAUAGUUAGUCUAAUAAUUUAAGUGCCAUGCAUUUCUUUACUACCUAACAGAAAUUAUUUUAAUAAGAUACGACAAUAAGUUAGGCAACUACAAAUAAUUUCUUAUUUACCUAAUUUAUAUUUAUUAUAUAUGUAUUGUACCGAAUUAUUUUUGUAAAUAAUAAUAAAAACUUCAGUGAUUAUAACUAGUUAACAAAAUUAGGUAACAAUUGCUGAUAUAGUAUAAGAUUUGUAACUUUGUACCAUAUCACGCCAU